AAAAAAUCGAACAUUUGGCAAGAAAAGUCAAAAAACUGUGUGUUGGCUAUUCAUUUCUUAGUCAAAUAUUCAUUAAUUACACUAAACAAUGAUUAUUUAAUUAUAAUUACUCAUUACCAUUAGUUAAAAUAUACUAGAUAUCCGAUAAAAACGGGUGGAACGGGUCUUUGUCCGCGCUUUUUAUAGCACAAUGAGAACGGUUUCUCGAGGAUAAGUGGAUUUUUGUGAGAAUUCAGUGGAGAUGGAGAUUAGGGAGGCUGGAGAUGGGGCUGCGGCGGGGGAGUACGCCAGGGUGCCUCCUAAGAGGUACACCUGGGCGGAAGUCAGGCAAGCAGUGCACGAUUUGCGGAAAGAACUGUCCUCCUUAUCGACAAUGGUUCCUAUGGCUAUAUCGUUCAGAAGACUGUCUAAUGGGAAGACGAGGAUAUACUUCCUGAGGACCCCUCACAACGGCUGGGAGAUCACGCUGCUGUAUACUGAUGUGACUCCAUCUUCUCAACCUAAUAAUACGAGGCUAGAGUGGAAGCCACUAAUAGAGUCGAAUGUGGCUCUUGGUGUGACAUCGGGCAAGUGGUCUCGCGAGGAACAGUUACUAUGGGAGCGGCAGAGAGUGGCAGCGUGGGGCAUAGCCUCGUACGAGCUGCACCAGCCCACCGGCAGAGUGCUGUUCCCAUGCGCCUCCUCCUUGUUCGUGGCCGAGGAGUCGCCGGCGCAGGCUCCGCCCCUGAUCCCCCGCUCGCUCACGACGGGCGGGGGCGCUCCGCUGACGCCGGCCAUGUGUCCGCGGGCGCCCGAGCUGGUGGCGCACGCGGCGCGCGGCGACAUCUGGCUCGCGGGCGGAGGCCUACGGCGCCCCACGCGGCUCACUUACGCUUGUAAAGGACACGAGCCCGAUCGGUUAGCGGACGACCCGCGCCAGGCCGGGGUGCCAUGCUACGUGACGCAAGAGGAGUUCUCCCGGUACACUGGAUUCUGGUGGCAACCCAAAUCUGAAGAUGACGUAUACCGGAUAGUGUAUGAAGAGGUGGAUGAGAGCGAGGUGAAGAUCUUCAGCUUCCCCUCCUCGCAGACCAGCAGCGGGGAGGUCGAGGAGUUCAGGUUCCCGCGGGCGGGGACACCAAACGCGAAGUCCAUCCUUCGCCUCGUGACCUUCAAGCUGCGUAAAGCAUCGCCUACAGUGCUCGACUACUACCACGAAGGGUCGACUACAGUGCACAUUUCUGACAGCAACAACGAUUCAAUGGAGGUGACGGACAUCCGGUGGUACGACCUGCGACAGCCGUUGAAGGAGACGUUCCCCUGGUUCGAGUACCUCGCGAGGGUCGGGUGGACUCCCUGCGGGAAUUACGUGUGGGUCCAAAUAGUGGAAAGAGCUCAGCAGAGGCUAGAGUUGGCACUGAUCCCGCUAGCUGAGUUCAGCAACCCGACCGGCUACUCGCUGCACAUACAGCAGCCGUCUGAAGUACACCAUCCUACCACUAACAACUACGAGCCAAUCCAAGUGCUGGUGUCGGAAACAGCUCCGGAAGCGUGGGUGAACGUCCACGACAUACUCCACUUCUUGCCAGCUCCACCGCAGCACGUCAGCUUCGUGUGGGCUUCAGAGGAGAGCGGACACCUGCAUCUUUACCUCACCACUUGCGCCCUGGCCAAGAGCCACCCUCGCACAUCGGUGAUAGACAUGAUCACGGAGGAUGAGAGCCCAGCGGUGGGCCCCACCGUGGUCAGCAGGGAGCCCAUCACGGCCGGGGAGUGGGAGGUUAUGGGCAGGAAGAUAUGGGUGGACUCGGCGAGACAGCUGGUGUACUUCGUAGGGCUCCGCGAGACGCCGCUGGAGCGCCACCUCUACGUGGCGCCGCUCGCGCCGCCGCGCCCGCACCAGAUCACGCUGCUCACCGACGUUGGCAGCUCCUGUACUGUCGACAUCGACCCUGAGUGCACUACAGCGGUGAUAACAAGCAGCAACAUCAGCUGCGUGCCAUCCACGCGCGUGUACCGCAUCACCCACUCACCUGCGCCCGCGCUGCUGGCGCAGGGCACGCUCAUGGAGCGGUGCGCCUCUGAAUCCUCGGAAACGCGAAGUUUUAACGGGUCCUGGGAUAGUAGGUCCGGUGAUGGUGACGACGAGUGCAGUGAGACCAACAUGUUGAUUAGAGAGAGCUCGCUGAGCGCGCUGGACAUCCCGGCGCCGGCCAUCUACUCGACGCGGCUGUCGUGCGGCGCGGCGGCCUACUGCACGCUGUGGCGCUGCGCCGGCGCCGCGCGCCGCGCGCCCACCGUGCUGCACGUCUACGGCGGGCCCGAGGUGCAGACCGUCACCAACAGCUACAAGGGUAUCCGUCAACUGCGGAUGCACAUGCUCGCUGCGCGGGGCUUCAAUGUGGUGGCUGUGGACUCGCGAGGGUCGAAGCACCGCGGCCGCAGCUGGGAGGCCGCCAUCAAGGGGAAACUCGGUCAGGUGGAAUUGGACGACCAGGUUGAAGUGCUCCAGUGGCUAGCGAAAGAGACAGGAUGUAUAGAUAUGGAACGAAUUGCCAUCCACGGGUGGAGUUAUGGCGGCUACCUGUCCCUGCUGGGGCUGGCGACGCGGCCCAACAUCUUCAAGGUGUGCGUGGCGGGCGCGCCCGUGACCUGCUGGCGGCUGUACGACACGGCCUACACCGAGCGCUACAUGGGCGCGCCGGCGCGGGCGCCGCACGCCUACACGCGCGCCUCCGUGCUCGCGCACGCGCCCUUCUUCCCCGACCAGGAAGGCCGGCUCCUGAUCAUCCAUGGGCUGGCAGACGAGAAUGUGCACUUCUGCCACACCGCGGCGCUGUUGGCCGAGCUGGUCAGACUCGGCAAGCCACAUCGCGUGCAGGUGUACCCAGGCGAGCGGCAUUCGCUACGCGCCAUGCACGCGGCUAAGCAUUACGAAGCGACAUUACUACACUUUCUACACGAAAACUUGUAGAUAAUUAUACAAUCUACAUAAACUCACGACUAUAUCCCAAUUGGGGUAGACAGAGGUCUCGGUCGCUAGAUGAACUAAGUACGGUCACGAGUAUUAAUAUGUAUACACUUUGGUACCAUGUCACAUUAACUUUUUUGACAAAUUGAACUGUAAGUCUCACUAAAUGUCAAAUGUGCUAGUGCGACAGAGUCCUAAAGUGGGUACAUUAUAUUGCUCAUGACUGUACCAAUACGCGGGUUUUCUGUUAGACCAACUUGAUAGGUGAGCCGUAUCGCCGUCGUGGUCGAGCCAACUGUGUUAGUGAAAACUGCACUUGAGAUAAAUUAAUAACUCAUUGGUGCAAGCCCAGAUCUGGGUUCGACAAAUUCCAAAUUUUAUUUUAAUUCAUGUUUAAAAAGGCAAAUAUUGAGAGUUAUUGAGGACAGAAGAGGCAAGAUGAUUGGACACCUAAUAAGCCAUAACAUACAUAACAUAAACUGCCUAUAUACGUCCCACUGCUGGGCACAGGCCUCCCCUCAAUCAACCGGAGGGGUUGUGGAGCAUACUCCACCACGCUGCUCCACUGCGGGUUGGUGGAGGUGUUUUUACGGCUAAUAGCCGGGACCAACGGCUUAACGUGCCCUCCGCAGCACGGAAUCAUCUUACUUUUUCGGACAAUCAGGUGAUUCAAGCCUGAAAAGUCCUUACCAAACAAAGGACAGUCUCACAAAGUGAAUUCGACAAUGUCCCCAUCGGGAAUCGAACCCGGACCACCAGAUCGUGAGCCUAACGCUCUAAGCACUAGACCACGGAGGCUGUAACCUAAUAAGACAGAAGGUACAAGGAAAGAGGAAGGGAAAGACCAAGAAGAGCUUACGGAACAGAUUAAAGAGAAGGCGAACGUCGUGUCUUACAGGGAAGUGAAGGAAUUGGCCUUUGAUAGACAAGAAUGGAGAAUGCUACACCGACAAGAGCGUGGAUCAUAAUUUAGUGAUGAUGAUGAUGAAUUCAUGUUUGGGUGAUUAAUGUUUGAUGUCACCUGGGGGGUUAAA